ACCUGAGAACCAAAACACAGCUGUCCAUACCUCAUCAGGACUGUACCGGUUCAGAGAAUGCUCUUUGCUCAGAGCUCCUGGAUGAUGUCAUCAAUUUUAGCCAUUCCUGUGAGGACCUUCUCCAACAUCUGAGGGAGACAAGCUGUGUCCUGUUGAGGAACAAGUCGGUUAACCUGAUUCAACCAUCAGGAGCUUUGCUUCAAGGCGGUGUCGUCCUGCGACAACAACGGAGGUCUACGGAUCAAAAACAUCUAAAGAAGAAACGAAACCAAAAGAGACCUCCUGCCACAUCCUAUCGACCCAGAAGAAUCCUCAACAUGAGCGAUCCAGAUUUUCUCAGCAGACUGCAGAAGCUGCAGAGCCGCUUCACCUGGGAUCUGAGACCAGAGGACCUGCAGCUGGAAGACCUCAGCGUUCAGCUGCAGCACGACAUCGACCUGGAGCUGGGACAGCCGGGGACCGUGGCGUAUGCCUGCAGGUUUCUGGCUUACGUCAGGUAUCUCCAGUGUCAGCCAGCAGAGGCGCUGGAACUCCUCAACCAAUCAGAGACGAAGACCCGGGAGGUGUAUGAUGAUGAGCGGCGGUUCAUUGUGAUGUACGGAGACAUGGCCUGGCUCAAAUACCACACUGAAGACUUGGAGGAGGCACAGAGACUCUGCCAGAGAGUGGAGGACAUCCUGGUGAGGCACCCGGCAGCCCCUGACACCCUUCAUCCAGAAGUGUACGGCGAGAAGGGCUGGACACUCCUCAAGCUGUCCAGGUCUUACUACCCGGAGGCCAAAGAAAACUUCUGCAAAGCUUUGGAGAUGCAACCUGAUGACUGUGAGCUCAACAACGGCUACGCCAUCGUCCUGUAUCGCAUGGAAGAGGAUGAUUCAGGAUCGAGCGCUGAAGCGUCACCGGCCACCAGACAGCUGCAGCGGGCUGUGGAAAUCAACCCGAGAGACGGCGUUCUGCUGUCCAUGUUGGCUCUGAAGCUGAUGUUUAACGGAAAUCUAGAAGAGGUGGAUAAGCUGGUGGAGAGGGCGCUGAAGGUCGCACGCAACAACACUCAGGUCAUCAGAUACCUGGCCAAGUACCUCCGCAAACGGAACCGACUGGAUGAGGCCAUCAAACUGUUGCAGGACGUGCUUAAGAUGAACACCACUUCAACCUUCAUCCACCACCAGCUGGCUCAGUGCUACAUCGACAAGAAGAAGCUCCUUAAGAAAACUCAGCCACGAAGAGGAGAUGCUAUUGCGCCUUCAUGGGGUCUUAGUGAUGAAACAGCUCGUGAGAUAAAACGUCUGAGGAGUCUCUGUAUUCACCAUCUGGAAAAGACUGUCCAACUGAAAAGUGGCUUCAAGCACGCCAAGGCGGAACUGGCUCUGCAAUAUGCCGAGAUGUCUGACAAGGAGAGGGCUCAGCAGAUGUUCGAUGAAGUACUGGAGGGGCUGGAAGAGGAACCUUGGAGAAUCCGUUAUGAUAUCUAUCGUAACUAUGCUACUUUCUGCCAGUACCACACCGACAACAUAGGCCUGGCCUUCACCUACUAUAAGAAGGGUAAUGAAAUCCUCACCAGCGCAUCAGAGAAGAGCUAUCUACUGAAGAGAAUGAAGGAGAUGGCAAAAACAAGACUCGACAGCAACUGGAGGGAUGCCACACCCUAUGCCAUUCUGGGAUAUGUGGCAAAAGAAGAUGGUGAUUGGAGGGCGGCGGAGGAAUAUUAUGAGAAAGCUCUGGAGAGAGAUGAAGAUAACACCGAGUACCUGUCGGCACUGUGCGAGCUGCGCUUGAAGCUGCAGUGACUCCAGAUCCUCGUUCAUUGGUUCAAGCCUGGUUCUGUUGAAAAUCAAAAAGUGUUGGUGUUUGUGCGUGCAAUUUCUCAUCAUCUUCUGUACUUUCUGUGGUUUCUGUUACUUGUAAGUUAGGUAGAUCUCCCUGAUCUUCUGAAAUUGGAAUUAGACGCUUUUCUCCAAGCCAUUUCACGUCUGUUUUGUACCGAGCUUUUUUCUUUAGCGGGGUCUGUUUUUUUCCCAAUGAGAGCCGAGUGCAGAUAGUCGUUUUGCCAUCUGUUUCUCCUCAUGCUAUCCCUGUACUCCUGCUUGUUGCAGUGACAAUAAAGGUUAUUCAUUUAUUCAUUCA